UCCGGUUAGAGCCUCCAAGCUUUUCCCUGGGUGAGGGGAUGAGAAGAAGGGGCGGGGUUAGGCCUCUGGGAACUAUUUUAUCUGCUGUGUUCGGGGGCUUUAGAAGGGGGAACGUCUAGUUGGUGCCCCUCUGCGGUGCGAGGGGGGUUCGUGAUCAUGGCAAUGACUGGUCCAGCACCUUGCUCAUCCAUGAGCAAUCAUACCAAGGAACGAGUUACAAUGACAAAAGUGACUCUAGAAAAUUUCUACAGCAAUCUGAUUGCACAGCAUGAAGAACGGGAAAUGAGGCAAAAGAAAUUAGAAAAAGUGAUGGAAGAAGAAGGUUUAAAAGAUGAAGAGAAAAGAAUCAGGAGGUCAGCACAUGCCCGAAAAGAAACAGAGUUUCUGCGCCUAAAAAGGACAAGACUUGGGUUGGAAGAUUUUGAGUCUUUAAAAGUAAUAGGCAGAGGGGCAUUCGGAGAGGUACGGCUUGUUCAGAAAAAAGACACAGGGCAUGUAUAUGCAAUGAAAAUUUUACGCAAAGCAGACAUGCUUGAAAAAGAACAGGUUGGCCAUAUUCGGGCGGAGCGUGACAUUCUAGUGGAGGCAGACAGUUUGUGGGUUGUAAAAAUGUUCUAUAGCUUUCAGGAUAAGCUAAACCUCUACCUAAUAAUGGAGUUCCUGCCUGGAGGAGAUAUGAUGACAUUAUUGAUGAAAAAAGAUACCUUAACAGAAGAGGAAACUCAGUUUUACAUUGCAGAGACUGUGCUAGCUAUUGAUUCAAUUCAUCAGCUGGGUUUUAUUCAUCGUGAUAUCAAGCCAGAUAACCUCCUUUUGGACAGUAAAGGACAUGUGAAGUUAUCAGACUUUGGUCUUUGCACUGGACUAAAGAAAGCUCAUAGAACUGAGUUCUAUAGAAAUUUGAGCCACAGUCUUCCCAGCGACUUUACUUUUCAGAAUAUGAAUUCCAAAAGGAAAGCAGAGACUUGGAAAAGAAACCGACGGCAAUUGGCCUUCUCUACUGUGGGAACUCCAGAUUAUAUUGCUCCAGAGGUCUUCAUGCAGACUGGAUACAAUAAACUGUGUGACUGGUGGUCACUUGGGGUCAUUAUGUAUGAAAUGCUAAUUGGUUACCCUCCUUUUUGCUCAGAGACUCCUCAAGAAACGUAUAAGAAAGUUAUGAAUUGGAAAGAGACUCUAAUAUUCCCUCCAGAAGUUCCAAUCUCUGAAAGAGCUAAAGAUCUUAUUCUAAGAUUUUGCUGUGAAUGGGAACACCGAAUUGGUGCUCCAGGUGUUGAAGAAAUCAAAACAAACCCCUUUUUUGAAGGGGUGGACUGGGAGCAUAUCAGGGAGAGACCUGCUGCAAUAUCAAUAGAAAUUAAAAGUAUUGAUGAUACGUCAAACUUCGAUGAAUUUCCAGAAUCUGAUAUCCUUAAACCAGCAGUGACCACAAGUAACCAUCCAGAGACAGACUACAAGAACAAAGACUGGGUCUUUAUCAAUUACACAUACAAGCGUUUUGAGGGCUUGACAGCUCGAGGGGCAAUACCAUCCUACAUGAAAGCAGGAAAGUAGUGACUUGUAACAGAACUAUUUCUGAGCCUUGGUUCUUGCUCGUCAGCACAAAUUCUUUUUCUAGCCUUCCAAGCUUUACCUGCGGACUGUGAACUUAAAGAGUGCAAGAUAACAUCUUUAUGCACCAUUUACAUAAAAAUGGAUUUAUCAUGGGAAUAUUUCCACAAAUGGCACUUGUGGCCUGCCUUUGCAAGAUUUAUUGUGGAUGUAGGUUCUUCUGGCUUUAGUUAAGAUUCUGAAGACUGCUUGUUCAACAAGGAGGAAAGAGCAAACUUUACUAGCAUUGCAAAGCAUAGCAUAAUUUGAGUUGUUUUGUGUGUUUCUGUUUUUACAAGUGCUGUGCUAAGCACUGUUCUAAGGGCUAAAGUAAUUUAAAGAAACAGCAAUAACUAGUAUAAGAGAAUUCUUGGUAAGUUACGUAAUAGGAGGGCAAAACCAGUAUUGCCUUAAAGGUCACUAGAGUAUUGUAUACUUUGGUCAAAAGCUUUCUGGAUAGCAAUUUUUAUUCCAACUCAACAAUAGCCUCAAACCUGCUGCACUUUACUCUUGGUACUAAAUUAGUGACUCUCCAGUGUUAAACUUUUUCUAAAUUUCCAUCUUGCUGAUCAUGUUGCUUUUUGUGAGCAGUACCAAGAAAAGAGCAUGAUUACUAAUCAGAUUUAGUCUAUGUAACUAACUUAGUAAAAAGCAAAUCACUGUAAAUAAUAGCACACAAUAACUAAUAUGACAAGAAGCCCUGUCCCUAUAAAUCUGCAGGGUGUGUGUAAAGAUGCCUUUCCCCAUGUCAGUAAUUGCCAGAGAAGAAUAGUAAUGUGUAACAUUUCAGCAUUGUAUUGUUCUGGAGAACUUAAUCCUUUGCAGCUUGGAAACCAAGAGCCCUUAAGUGCCUUCAGGAUGCUUCCUGUGCACAGUGCUAGUUAAAACACUUAGGCUAGUGGGAUUUUAGUAAUCUGACUUGAUUGCUCAAGGUUUCUGUGUAGUUCCACACCUUGGACUCUGCUUGUGCUAUUGGGUGGCAUUCAUUCUCUUUAAUGUUCAGAUUAUCCAGUUGAACUCUUCGUAAUACACUAGAUUACUAUUAUUUAGCAUCUCCACAUUGUUCACCAUUGCCACCUGCUGCCCUAUACAUGCAGCUCUUUGAAAUACACAGGAGGAUGUGUUUGAGUUAUUGAUGACAUGCUCCUGAGAGAGAAUGGGUGUACAAAAGGAGACCUGAUACACUGGGGAGCCAAAAAUGAAGGCAGAAAGAAUGGAAUGAAGAUUCAAUUUGUGUUAAUUUGAAUC